UUUGGGACUAGAGAUGCACCCACACAAGGUGCCAGGUCUCUGUAGUGAGUGCAUGCCCUGGAAGUCACUUGGAAGAGGAGGAGGAAGAGGCAAGUUCCCAUAAGUAAGUGUGGACGCCUGUGUAAGUGUGAAGCCAUCAUGGUGGCAUUUAAAGGCAUUUGGACUCAGCCCUUCUGGAAAGCUGUUUCUGCAGAAUUUAUGGCAAUGCUAAUUUUUGUGGUCCUUGGUCUUGGUUCUACAAUCAACUGGGGUGGAGCUGAGAAACCUCUGCCUGUAGACAUGGUCCUUAUUUCUCUCUGCUUUGGAUUCAGCAUUGCAACAAUGGUGCAGUGCAUUGGACACAUCAGUGGUGGCCAUAUUAACCCUGCAGUGACUGUUGCAAUGGUCUGUACUCGGAAGAUCAGCCUGGCCAAGUCAGCCUUCUACAUUGCAGCCCAGUGCCUUGGUGCCAUUGCAGGGGCAGGAAUUCUCUACCUUGUCACCCCCCGGGAUUUGAUAGGAAGACUGGGAGUUACCCAGGUACAUUCAGAUCUUUCUGCUGGUCAUGGACUAUUGGUGGAGUUGAUAAUUACAUUCCAACUGGUUUUUACUAUUUUUGCCAGCUGUGAUUCUAAGCGAAGUGAUGUCACUGGUUCAGUGGCAUUAGCAAUUGGACUGUCUGUUGUGAUAGGACACUUGUUUGGGAUCAAUUACACAGGUGCUAGCAUGAACCCUGCUAGGUCAUUUGGACCUGCAGUUAUCAUGGGGAAAUGGGAAAAUCACUGGAUAUACUGGGUGGGUCCAAUUAUAGGAGCAGUUCUUGCAGGUGCCCUCUAUGAAUACGUCUAUUGUCCUGAUGCUGAGUUCAAGCGCCGAUUCAAAGAAGCUUUUAGUAAAACAAACCAGCAGUCCAAAGGGAAGUAUAUUGAAGUAGAAGACACCAGGAGCCACGUAGAGACUGAUGAUUUGCUCCUAAAGCCUGGAAUUGUCCAUGUCAUUGACCUAGAGAGGGGCGAAGAUAAGAAGGGACGAGACCCAACCAACGAGGUGCUAUCGUCAGUAUGACUAGCAAGGAGCACUGAAAGCAGAGAACAGUCUACUAGCAUGCCCACAGAUAGCCUUCCACCCAUAAAAGAGACAGAUCUGUUGUAAAUUAGGUACCUACAACAGUGUCAGAUUUUAGG